ACGGGUCGAUUUUAUAUCCCUCCGCCGGAGUGGCAACUCCGCCAACGGACCAACGAUAACCCAGUAUUCGGACGCAUAGAAAUGGGUGCCACGGCCUCCUGCAAGAAAACCACCGGCAGCGGCUAUCCGGACCACGAUGAUCCAGGCUACCGCAAGUGCCAGGAACUCAAGAUGGAGCGUUGGAUCCAGAUGCACUACCAGAUCAAGCAGCGGGAGCAGGCCCUGGCCAUAGCCCAGCACCGGGAGCUCUUCUACUGGCUAAGCGGCUUCUACCUGAGCGCCGUCUACGGCUGCGCCAGCUAUUAUCAGCGGGUGAAGCGGGUCUCCGCGCUGGCCCCACUCCUGCCGCUGACCUUUGUGGUGGGCUACUACACGGACUGGGCCUACGGCAGCAAGCUGCAUCGCAUUCAAGCGGAGGCAAAUAUGAUUAUGGAGCAUGAGCAGGAGCUGCUGCACUGGCCUGGAGGUCUGCCCACUGUGGCCGGCAUCGAUGAGGCUCGCGUGGAGACGGAGAUGGAAAAGAAGAUGCAUCCGCAUCAUAUGUAGAGGAAAAGUCUGAUCCUCGAACCCAUCAGGCUAUAGGGCCGACUCGGGUUCAACCCUCGCAAACUUAGCAAACAAAAACAAAAAGUCGACCAACCAGAAUCACAACGAACUCAAGACACACUUUUUACCUUUCAAAAAUCACACAUCACUUGGCAGGAGGGGAUUGAAAAAGAGAACCAUUAGAAAGCAGAACAGACAUUUUUUACCAGUGUAAAGUUUAGUAUUAAUACUAAAAAUCCCCCCAAAGUCAAAUACAAAUGCUUUAUAUUAGCUUAAAAAAGUAUCUUCUCUUCCAGAGAAAAUUCUCUGUCUCUCACGCUCUCUCUUUAACCAUGUAAAGAGAGCAAUUCGGCUGAGCGUUCGCUACAAUAAAGCU